GGGAGGCCUCCGAACCCGGCGCUGAGGAAGGGAGGGGAGGGAGGGAGGAGAGCGGUUGCUAGGCGACUUGCGUCAUCGGGCUGCGCCGCUUUCCUCCCGCCCCUCUCUCUGGAGUGAGGCGAGAGCCCCGCACAGAGCGAGCGAGACGGCGAGCUCAGCUCUGGGCGCCGCUGCCGCCGCCGAGAGCGUGAGAGCCCCGGAGCAUCCGACGGAACCGGCCGCCGUGCCCUGGCCGCCGCCGAGACCUCCGCCCUGCCCUGGGCCAGCGGGAGCCGCGGCCGCCCCUCUUCUCCCCCCCUCACCUCCCCGGCCGGCAGCGGCGGCGGCUGCACACGCCGGAUCCCGAGCCGGAUCCCGAGCCGGAGCCGGAGCCCGCGGCUGGGGGCCAGGGAGGCGGCCAGCUCGGGCCGGGACUAGUCGGCGGUGAGAGGACGCCGAGGAGGGGCCGGAUCUUCUGCCUCGUCCCGGGGCGCGGGACGAGGGACCCCCGAGGCGUAGGGAGGGGGUCCCAUCUGCAGCGACACAUGCGGCAGCCGGGAGCGGGGGCGGCGCCGAGCGGAGCCGGCCGGGUCCCCCACCUUGCCGCCCCUUCGGCCCCCCGCCCGGGGCCGUAGCAUCUCGCCCCAGAGUGUAUGUGCCGGGGCCCCCGGCUCAGCCACCACCCCCCGGCCGGGGGGGCGGGGACCCCGAUGUGAAGCGGCGGCGGGGCGAGCAGGACCUGCGCGGCCGACCUCCCCCUCCUCCCCUCCCCUCCCCUCCCCUCUGCCCCCUCGAGGGGGCUCUUUUCCCUUGGCCGGUCGCCGGCCCCCCGGCUCCUCGGCAGGACUCCCGGAGGAGUUCUUGGAGCCCCCUCCCCCGCCCCAGCCCCCGAGGGCGGCGGGGCCGGGGGGGACCCGGGGGGCCGGCCGCAGCCUCCUCCGCCCAGAGGAAGAAACUUUCUCAAAAGCAAACAAAACCAAACCAAAAAAAAAAAAAAGCCACCAAAAAUCAAAAAGCAAAUCCGGAGCCUCCCGAUCGUGACUGUCCCGGGACAGGCGGCCCGGGAGGGGCCGAAGCCGCAGCCUGAAGGGCCCCAGGCGGAGGGAAAGCGGAGGUAAGCGGGGCCGCCGCCUCCUCCGCCCCGGCGGCGCGGGAGAGCCCGGGGUGGCCGCCCGGCGCGGCGACACCGGCGUCGCUUCUCCCCCGGCUCCGCGCCCGAGCUGCCGCCGCCGCCGCCGCCGCCCGGCCCCGGAGGAGGAAGGACACCGGCCCGCCCGCCCAGCGCCGCGGCUCUGCCCUGCGAGUGAAGUUCCAACCAUCACCAGAAUUUUAAAAAGACUAUCUAAAUCUUUGAAUGUGAAAACCUUUGCAUCUUCUGAUAGUCUAGCCAAGGUUCAAGAAGUAGCAAGCUGGCUUUUGGAAAUGAAUCAGGAACUGCUCUCUGUGGGCAGCAAAAGACGACGAACUGGAGGCUCUCUGAGAGGUAACCCUUCCUCAAGCCAGGCAGAUGAGGACCAGAUGAAUCGUGUGGUGGAGGAGGAACAGCAGCCGCCGCCGCAGCAGCUCAGACACCACGAGGAGGAGCACACUGUGAGGAAUGGUGAAGUCGUCGGAGCAGAACCUCGGCCUGGAGACCAAAAUGAUUGUCAGCAUGGUCAGAUGGAAGAAAACAACAAUCGGUUUAUUUCGGUAGAUGAGGACUCCUCAGGAAACCAAGAAGAACAAGAGGAGGAUGAAGAGCAUGCUGGUGAACAAGAUGAGGACGACGACGAAGAGGAGGAAAUGGACCAGGAGAGUGAUGACUUUGAUCAGUCUGAUGACAGUAGCAGGGAAGACGAACACACACAUAGUAACAGUGUCACUAACUCCAGCAGCAUUGUGGACCUGCCUAUUCACCAGCUCUCCUCCCCAUUCUAUACAAAAACAACAAAAAUGAAAAGAAAGUUGGACCAUGGUUCUGAGGUCCGCUCUUUUUCAUUGGGAAAGAAACCAUGCAAAGUUUCAGAAUAUACAAGCACCACUGGGCUUGUACCAUGUUCAGCAACACCAACAACAUUCGGAGACCUGAGAGCAGCCAAUGGCCAGGGGCAGCAGCGCCGCCGGAUCACAUCUGUGCAGCCACCGACAGGCCUCCAGGAAUGGCUGAAAAUGUUUCAGAGCUGGAGUGGACCAGAGAAAUUGCUUGCUUUGGACGAGCUUAUUGAUAGUUGUGAACCAACCCAAGUAAAGCAUAUGAUGCAAGUGAUAGAACCUCAGUUUCAACGAGACUUCAUUUCCUUGCUCCCUAAAGAGCUGGCACUUUAUGUGCUUUCAUUCCUGGAACCCAAAGACCUGCUACAAGCGGCUCAGACGUGUCGCUACUGGAGAAUUUUGGCUGAAGACAACCUUCUCUGGAGAGAGAAAUGCAAAGAAGAGGGUAUUGAUGAACCGUUGCACAUCAAAAGAAGGAAAGUAAUAAAGCCAGGCUUCAUCCACAGUCCAUGGAAAAGUGCGUACAUCCGCCAGCACAGAAUUGAUACCAACUGGAGGCGAGGAGAACUCAAGUCCCCUAAGGUGUUGAAAGGACAUGAUGAUCAUGUGAUCACAUGCUUACAGUUCUGUGGUAACCGAAUCGUUAGUGGUUCUGAUGACAACACUUUAAAAGUUUGGUCAGCAGUCACAGGCAAGUGUCUAAGGACAUUAGUGGGACACACAGGUGGUGUGUGGUCCUCCCAGAUGAGAGACAAUAUCAUCAUCAGUGGAUCUACAGAUCGGACUCUUAAAGUGUGGAAUGCAGAGACGGGAGAGUGCAUACACACCUUAUACGGCCAUACCUCCACUGUGCGCUGUAUGCACCUCCAUGAGAAAAGAGUUGUUAGCGGUUCUCGAGAUGCCACUCUUAGGGUUUGGGAUAUUGAGACAGGCCAGUGUUUACAUGUUUUGAUGGGUCACGUAGCAGCAGUCCGCUGUGUUCAGUAUGAUGGCAGGAGGGUUGUUAGUGGAGCGUAUGAUUUCAUGGUGAAGGUGUGGGAUCCAGAGACUGAGACCUGUCUACACACGUUGCAAGGGCAUACUAACAGAGUCUACUCAUUACAGUUUGAUGGCAUCCAUGUGGUGAGUGGAUCUCUCGACACGUCCAUCCGAGUGUGGGAUGUGGAGACAGGGAGCUGCAUUCACACAUUGACGGGACACCAGUCAUUGACAAGCGGGAUGGAACUCAAAGACAAUAUUCUUGUCUCUGGGAAUGCGGAUUCUACAGUAAAAAUCUGGGAUAUCAAAACAGGACAGUGUUUACAAACAUUGCAAGGUCCCAACAAGCAUCAGAGUGCUGUGACCUGUUUACAGUUCAACAAGAACUUUGUAAUUACCAGCUCAGACGAUGGAACUGUAAAACUAUGGGACUUGAAAAUGGGUGAAUUUAUUCGAAAUCUAGUCACAUUGGAGAGUGGGGGAAGUGGGGGAGUCGUGUGGCGGAUCAGAGCCUCGAACACAAAGCUGGUGUGCGCGGUGGGGAGCCGGAACGGGACUGAAGAAACCAAGCUGCUGGUGUUGGACUUCGAUGUGGACGUGAAGUAGAUUAGAGAGCAGAAGAGGCGAGUUUGUCCAGGCGCGUAGAUGGUAUACUCCCUGCCUUUCCCUUACCCUGAAAAAAGAAAAAAAGAAAAAAAAAAAAGAAAAAGAGAAAACAUCCCUUGUUCUCAGUGGUGCAGGAUGUUGGCUUGGGGCAACAGAGUGAAAAAGACCUACAGACUAAGCAGGAAAGAGGAGAUGACAAACCGAAACUGACGAGAGAGGCGUGCGCUGUGUCAUCACAUAGAAGGCUUCACUUUCGACUGAGGGCAGCUUUGCAACACGAGGCUUUGGAAAUCAAACCAGGUGCAAUUCUUCCUUUCUUUUCUUCUCCAGUGGUCAUUAGACAGUGUUCAUGCCGAAACCUUGUUACAGAUCCUGCUAGCCUGUUCUCUUACCACUGAGACCGGAAUCGGAGCUGCAGUAACAGCACAACAAGGACUGGUUGACUUUCUAGUCAGAGAGCAUCUGUAACAAAAAGUCAAUUUUCUGGAGUGGAAAAGCUUAAAAAAAAAAUACUGUGAAUUGUUUUUGUACAGUUAUCAUGAAAAGCUUUUAAAAUUUUAUUCCCUUUUUUCUUUUUCUUUUUCUUUUUUUUUUUUUGCCAACCAUUGCCAAUGUCAAUCAAUCACAGUAUUAGCCUCUGUUAAUCUAUUUACUGUCGCUUCCACAUACGCUCUUCGAUGCAUUUGUUGCUCAAAGGUGGCAAGUUGUCCUGGGUUCUGUGAGGCCUGAGACGGAUUGAGUUCUUGAUGCUGGUGCUAGAAGUAGGUCUUCAAGUAUGGGAUUGUUGUCCUUCCCUGUACUGUAUUCCCAGUGGCCAAACUUAUUUAUGCUGCUAUAUGAAAGAAAGAAAAAAAAAAGCAAAUUAUUUUUUUUUAUUUUUUUUUUUCCUGCUGUGACGUUUUAGUCCCAGACUGAAUUCCAAAUUUGCUCUAGUUUGGUUACGGAAAAAAAAAAAAGACUUUUUGCCACUGAAACUCAAGCCAUCUGUGCCUCUAAGAGGCUGAGAAUGGGAGGGUUUCAGAUAAUAAAGAGUGAAGUUUGCCUGCAAGUCAAAAAUUGAGAGUGUGUGCAAAGCUUAUUUUCUUUUAUCUGGGCAAAAAAAAAAUAGAUAAAUAAAAUAAAACACAUUCCUUGGGACAGGGCUAUGGCUGCCUGUUCUGUGGAGAAAUGUUUCUUUUUGAGGGCUGUGGUGGAUGGAUGAACGUACAUAAGAAAACUGACAAAAAUAUUUUAAAAAAUAUAUAGAACACAAAAUUAAAAUACAGUUGCUGGUCAGUCUUAGUGUUUUACAGUAUUUGGGGGAAACAGCUGUUACAGUUUUAUUGCUCUGAGUAACUGACAAAGCAGAAACGAUUCAGUUUUUGUAGUAAAGGCGUCACAUGCAAACAAAAUGAAAUGAACGAAAGUUGAAUGGUUUGCCUCAUUCUCCAAGAGCCACAACUCAAGCUGAACUGUGAAAGUGGUUUAACACUGUAUCCUAAGAGAUCUUUUUUCCUCCUCCUGUUUAUUAUUUUUUGUUUGUUUUAUUUAUAGUCUGAUUUCAAACAAUCAGAUUCAAGUUGGUUAGUUUUACUUCUGUAACAACCUGACAUGAUGGAGGAAAACAACCUUUAAAGGGAUUGUGUCUAUGGUUUGAUUCACUUAGAAAUUUUAUUUUCUUAUAACUUAAGUGCAAUAAAAUGUGUUUUUUCAUGUUA